GUGUCUCCAUGAGCCAAAAGUGUGUGAGCGUAUUAGUGUGUGCUCACACUGAGAGAGGAGGUGGCGGAGAAGAGAUGUGUAUGUAGGCAUGCGAGGGAGAUACAAGAAGAAGGACCGACAAGCGAGGAGGGAAAGAGAAGCCAGGUGCUUUUGCUCAUCUUGCUACUGACACACUUCCCUCUCACACACACACACACACACACACACACAGACAAGGAACUACUGGCAUAGCCUAUACUAAAGCAGCGAGCUGACACACGUGGGCGUGUGUGUGUGAGAGAGGGAGAAAGAGUGUUUCCUGCGCUCGGGGCAACAGAAGAGAUCUCUGAGGAUACACCGAUGAGAAAGAGGAGUGGGGGAGCCAAGGAAGAGGAGCCCGAGUGUGUUUUCGCCCCAGGGGGAGCUCCCACACACACCGCAGACAGCGCACACACUCCAGCGGGCACUCAGCGCGGUUUCCCUGACAACUAGGAUGGGCUGCAAUCUGUGCACCUUGCAGAAACGGGAAGAACACUACAAACUGCUGUAUGAUAUUGCACAGGUGAACGGGCGCAACUUCUCCAAGGUUGACCAUGAAGAAGCAGUGGCGGAGGCCAUCAGGCGAGACCCCAUCGUUGUCCAGGUCCUCCGACGGACCCCCACCAGAGCGACGGCCGCUGCCGCACACAACCAGAGCGGCACGCCGCAGGAUGUGUGCGUCGUGGACGUUUGCACGCAAACGGACAUCACCUUUGAGCACAUCAUGGCGCUGGCGAAGCUUCGACCGGCUACUCCUCCCGUCCCUGACAUCUGUCCCUUCCUACUGUCCGACAGCUGUCAUUCCAUCCACACCAUGGAGCAUGAGUUUUAUGAAUGUCCAGAGUACCUGUCCAGUAUUCCAGUAGAAGUGGAGAGGACUGAAGAGUAUGAGUAUGAGGAAGUAGAGCUAUGCAGGCAGAACAGCCUGGAGAAACUUGGCUUGACGUUGUGCUACAGGACCGACGACGAGGACGACAGCGGCAUCUAUGUCAGCCAGGUGGAGCCAAAUAGCAUAGCAGCAAGAGAUGGACGCAUCAAGGAAGGAGAUCGUAUUCUACAGAUAAAUGGCUUUGAAGUGCAAGACCAAGAGAAAGCUGUUGCCUUGUUGUCAACCGAAGAAGCAGGGAGCAUCAUACUACUGGUGACAAGACCAGAAAUCCAGUUGGAGGAGGAAGUAUGGCUGGAUGAGGAACAACACAAGCUGGUGGAGGAGCUGAAGAUGGAAAUCCUGGAGGAGAGGAGGAAGCAGAGGGGACAUAACUUUGGCAGGGGGGAUCAGGAUCUAGCUGAAGAAGAGAUGACAACAGACACAGCCACGUGUUCCUCCAACAAUCAAGACAAAGAUAGUGGGUUUGGACACAGUACAGACAGUCCAGAACACCAGCCGCUGUUGGCUAGACUCCACAGGAGGAGCCCCGCCCAUUGCCUGCGCGAGCGAUGGCGGGCAGAGCAUCCACACUCAAGACGGGGGACUGUAGUGCCACAGGACACCCCGAGUCCGAGGACAGUGUCCAAAGGCCACGAAGGGGUAAUCAGUAUUCGCAAUGGCGGAGGAGGGGUUUUAGGUUUGGAGAAUAGCUUUCAGCAACUUCUGGAACUCAAGUGUCAGAUCCGGAAUGGAGGCGAGUGUGGGGUUUACUCCAUUCGACACAGUAUAGAGUGUAGUGUCACUGAGCAGGGAGUGGAUGAAGAUGGCAUAGAUGGCGUUGGAGGAGGCAACGGCGUGGAGCAGGAGCUGAGGAUGCUCAAUGAGGAACUGCGCAGCAUUGAGCUCGAGUGCCAGAGCAUCAUGCAGGCGCAUCAGCUCCGCCAGGCCCACCAGCUGGACCCUUCGCAACCUGCGUCCUCACCGGGACGAAGCCCCAAAGAUGGACACAAGCGGCAGGGCAGGUUGGCCGACAUCCACGAACACCCCGAGAGAUCGGACAGCGACAGGAUUCGGGAAAAGGACACCUCCAGUGCCUACAACACGGCGGAGAGUGCGCGGUCCACACCGCUCGGGAUGGACCGAUCUCCUGAUCAUUCUCUGAAAAGACACAUCAGCAUUACCAACCAGAAAAACCUGAGACUGGCUUCCUCCAGCCCCGUCCCCAUCGCCAAUCCCCAGGUUGCACCCGGCCGUAACCGCCCGGCAGACCCGGGCCAUGUCAUCUCCAGCAGCCCGGACCAGAGCAACCCCUCCCGGUCCGAGUCGGACCCUGCUCUGCCUGCAGACGAUGAGUGGUGUGAAAAGAAAGGGAGGAAGAGAGAUUCCAGACGGGCGCUUCCCUAUGGUUCUUAUCAGACAACCCCCUAUCAAGGCCAGGGAGGAUCCAGGCAACUUCAGAGCUACAUGCAGCUGCUCCAACAGCACUCGUCCCUGGAGUAUUCCCAGAGCCAGCUGAGUCUGCUCAGUGUCUGUCGAGAUCCCGUUCACCGGUCGGGACGCCCCGGGGAACCCCGUCUGGAGUGGAAGGUCAAAGUCCGGGCUGACGGCACGCGUUACGUGGCCCGGAGGCCAGCUCGCGACCGCAUUCUGAGGGAGCGGGCGCUGAGGAUCAGAGAAGAGAGGAGCGGGGGCAUGACCACAGAUGACGACGCGAUGAGCGAGAUGAAGAUGGGCCGCUACUGGAGCAAAGAGGAGAGGAAGCAGCACUUGGCACGGGCCAGAGAGCAGAGGAAGAGGAGGGAGUUCAUGCAAAAGAGCCGCCUGGAGUGUCUGAAGGAGGGGCCAGCCAGUGGUGCUGAGGGCCGGAAAGAGGUGAACAUCUUGGAGCUCAGUCAGAAAAAGAUGAUGAAGAAACGAAACAAAAAGAUCCUGGAUAACUGGAUGACCAUCCAGGAGCUGAUGAGCCACGGUGCUAGAGUGCCAGAGAGCUCCAAAGUACACAACGCCUUCCUAUCUGUCACAACCGUCUAGCGAAACACCAGCAGGACUGCGUAUUUUUAAGUGCGUAACAUUAGGAUCAGGUGGUCUGCAUUUUAGGAACCACUGACUUGUGUAAAGGAGAAAAAAUGUUUGUGAAAUUUGAUUCAAGUGUCACUGCUUGAAGGACUUCUGUAGCAUUCCGAAGGCAUCACUUCAAGAAUGAUUGAAGAGUAACAGUCGAUCAUUACGAGACCUCAUCCAUUCAGGACUUUAUGGUAAUGCGCUGGCUUUCGAUAUGAGAUGCUUCUGGUAGCAUUUUGGUUUGAAGUGAUUCACAGAAAGAAGUGCGGAAGCAACACAAUAGCUUCAUGCCUAUUACUACUGCGUAUUGUCUCUCCGUACUCCAUGUUCUUGUGUUUCACUGCAUAUAAAGCAACUCCACUGGCCUCGUUCAAAGUGGCAUUUUUUUAUAUGGGGAAAAUACAAUAUUUUUCACACUUUGUAAAAUCUGCCAGUUUUUGUAAGGAUUUUUUUACACUGAAUUUCAAAUUUUCUGGAAACAUUUUUAUUAUGGUAUGUUAUUUAUGUUAUGUAUCACCAAACCAUCAAAGUCAGAGUUGACACGAUUUAAUUGUACUUGAUGUUAGACCAAGAGAGACAAGAAGUCACUAAACUCAUCUCCUAAUAAACUCCUUUUAUUGUGUUGAUAAUGUCAGGAGUCAGAAAGGUCUGAAAAAAAUGAAAGCACUGAAAAUAUAAUUAUGUUAUCUUGAAAUCUCACAUUAUUCCUGAGCUGGGAGGGCUCUUUGAAACAGUUUUACCUCACCUCACAGUCAAAAUCUCAUACAUCAAGUGGUUAAUUUGAUCGUUAACUUAAGUGAAUGUGAAUCCAUACAUGUGUGGAUUGUUUAAAAUGUUAAAUAGAUUCAUAUUUAUAUUCUUUACUGUUAUUUUUAUUUAUUGUAAAUGUUUUGUUUGUCGACUGAUUAAUGUUUCACAUUACCUGGCCAGUCCAGGAAAUGUAUGAAAUUGCAGUUUAUCAGCUCAACCUGUUGCUUUUCACUGUAAACUUCAUUGAAGAGGCCUUGAGUCGGGUAUUUGUGGAUGGUGGUAUUUGUAAUAAAACAUUAAUGGUGAAAAGAAAGAUCAGGAAAAGACA